AUAAGAACUUAACUUAUAUUCGUUUUCUCGUCGUUUUCUGUAUGUGUAUAUGUUUGUACCAUUUUCAAAUUAUAAAUUCUCCAUAUGUAUAAUUCUGUUUUCCAAAAGAUGUUCGUUAAAUAAUAAGUAAAAAGGAAGAAAAGUUUAUCUCAGAUACCAAGUACGUUGUAAAAGUACGUUGUAAAAUACACAGCAAGUGUUGAGAACAAUGGCAUCGCAGAAAAAGAAAGAUUUCCUUGUAGCUUUUGACAUCCACGAAGAGUUGAAUUGUUUAGGUGUGACAGAAAAUGCAAUUCAUCCAGAAAAGGAAAAUUAUAAGCCAAGAACAUUGGUCGAUCAUACAUUAGAACUAAUAGACCCUACCCCUAACAUUUACACAUUAUUUGUGCAAUUCAAUAUACGAUUUUUCUGGAGCGUUUUGUGUUCUGUUGAAGUCAAGUGGAGUAGUAGAAUGACAAGUUGUGCUGGAGUUUGUACAUUUCAUAAUAAUAAUAAGCAAUGUGUGAUCUCGCUCAGUGCACCAUUGCUCAAACUUAGACCUAGGAAAGAUCUUGUGGAAACUUUGUUGCAUGAAAUGAUCCAUGCAUACUUGUUCUUAACAAAUAACAAUCGCAAUCGAGACGGUCAUGGACCAAAUUUCUGUGAGCAUAUGCACAGGAUAAAUAAAGAAGCAGGAACUAAUAUAACAAUAUACCACAGCUUUCACGAUGAAGUGAGAUUGUACCAGCAGCAUUGGUGGAAAUGUAACGGACCUUGCCAGCACAGACCACCAUUUUUUGGAAUGGUGCGACGAGCUACGAAUCGUGCGCCUGGACCGUCAGACUUCUGGUGGCUCAGACAUAAAGUAAAUUGCAAUGGCGAGUUUGUAAAAAUAAAAGAGCCAGAGAAUUUUAAGUCAAAGCAAAAUAACAAAUCAGACAAAAACAUUUCUGAUUGGUUGACAAAGAAUACUCCAGCAAAAGCUAAGCCUGCAUAUUCGAAAGUAUUUACUAAUAACAAUAGAACAUUUAUCCAAACAAACAGAAAUAAAACUAUUAACAAUAAAGAUAUGACAAACUCGCCUGGCAUUCGAGUCGAGAAAAAUGACUCGGGAAUGAAAAAGCUCGGCAACACUAGCAAUAAUGUACAUGGCUGGAAUAUUGGUGGUCCGAGUGGAAAAGUAGAAAGUAACACAAAAAAUAUUGCUUCAAAAAGUCCCACGUUCGCUUACUCCGGUACUUUAGGAGGUAGUAACAGUGGCCAGAGCAACCUCUUGAGAAAAUUUUUGCAUAUAAGUAAAAAUGGCCCAAAUGAAUUAACGAAGAAAGAUUUAUCAUCAAAGUCACCAUCAGCUGCGGAAAAGAAGCCUGCUAAUAAACCAUUUUCAAAUUUAAAUCAACCAAUGAAUCAAAUAAGAAAAAGGACAGAUGGUAAAUUUGACAGAAAAUCUGGACCAUUGAUCAAUAAGCUUAAUAAUAGUAGCAAUGAAAAGUUAGCAUCGCCUAUUCGAAUAUUCUUCACAACCGCCAAUACAGAUUCUAACAAGCGUGUGAAGUUAGACGAUUCAAGUGACACUAAAUACGUGAGCUGCCCCGUUUGUAACAAAAUGGUUCCAGCAGCAGAUAUUAAUCAGCAUCUUGACGAAUGUCUUUUAGAAAACGAUUCAGUUCAUAAAACUUGCAUUCUUUCAACUUCUCAGGCAUCAAAUGACAGCAUAAUCAGCAUAAGCAGUUCUAAUUCCGACUUGGAUAAUUCCGUCAUCGAAUAUCCAAAAUCUUGCAUCGAUGUUAGUGCGAAUGAAAGCAACGCGACGAAUCGCGAGCAGCAAUGUUUAGUUUGCAACGCACAGAUUGCACCUGGAGUAUCAUUAAGUGAACACCUAGACGAAUGCAUAGGAGCUGUUUUUGAUGACAAAUUCGUAAUAAAUGAUGAAGAUGAUACGUCUGCUGCAGGAAACGACUCUAUUGAAACAAAACAUCCCUGUCCAGUAUGUAUGCAGAUGAUACCAGAAAGUUUCAUGAAUCAACAUUUAGACACGUGUCUGGAAAAUAAAUAUAGAUUAGAGAAUGAUAAUUAAUUGUGUCUAGAGAUAAAAGCCUCUGCAUACUUUAUUUUACAAAUGUCAAUAAUGUUUAUGAGGAAAUAUUAUGUGUGAUAUAAUUUAAAAUAAUCUUGAUACAUUAUUAUUUAAUACGUGAAUUUACCUCGAGUGAAAUAAAAAGAAAGCAUAUUUUUUUUGUACAAU